AUGGAUAGCUUCAAGUGGUGUGAUAAGUGUUUUUCACCAGCUUGUAUUUGCAAUGAAACCAAAUCUAUUGUUAAUCCUGGAAUUAGUGAAAACAAUUUUAUUGAAAAUCACAUCGAGGUUGUGGAUCAUGCAGCAACCUACGAUCAGGAAACUGAAGACGAUAUUCAAGCAAGUUCCACAGAUAUAAUAAAUAUCACUGAAAUACAUGAAUGCAAUUUUUGCUUUAAAACUUUUGUAUCUGCAGAUUAUAUGAAUCACAUGAAGAAUCAUUUACAAAUUAAUACAUCAACUUGCGAUUUAUGUGGAUUGAAUUUUGAUAAUAAAUCAGACUAUGAUUAUCACUUAUGUUUCAAUUAUACAAUUGAAGAUAAAAAUGAAGAAACUAGUCAAAAUACAUUAAAUAUAGAACCAUUAGAUGACAUUAUAGAGCUUGACAACAUAUUUAUUUCAGAUGACAAUUCAUCGAAGCCACAGAAAGUUGAAAACCAUAUUUUGCCAGAUAACUUUUUUCAAUAUGAAUGUUUCUUAUGUAACCAAUUAUUUUAUAUACUGGAGCAGUAUUUGUGCCAUAUGAGCAGACAUAACAAUAUCAGUCCUAACGCAGAAAAAAAUUCUUCCGAUGGACAAAAAUUAGAAUGUGAAAACAACAUACCAGAAGUUUCUUUAAUAAAUGAUCAUUCUCUUAAAUUAACUUACUACACAUCCAAUAAAAAGUCGUAUGAAAUUACAUUGGACAUUGAUAUAAACAUAAAUUCUGAUAAAGACUUAUGGAACAUUAUUUCAGUAAAUAAUAAUAAAUUAGCUUGUAAAAUAUGUAAGAAUAGUUUUUCUGAUAUGAAUGAUUUAAAGCAGCAUAUCACUAGUCAUUAUGAUAUAUAUCAGUAUAAAUGUAAAAAGUGUGAUAUGCUAUUUAAGAGAGUCCGUGAUUUUAAAAGACAUAUGUCAAAUCAUAAAAGACAAAAAUUUAAUGAUGAAAAUUUUAGGGAUUUAGUUACUGAAGAAACCAAUAUGCCAAUGAACGAUGAUCAUUCAAGCUAUGAAUGUGACCUUUGUGAAAAGUCUUUCAUUAAUAUUGAUGAUCUUCAGCUUCAUAUACAUGAACACACAAGGGAACCUAUAAAAUGUGAUAUCUGUGAAGAUAUAAUUGAGAAUAGUUCUGAAUAUAAAAUACACAUGAAAAAACAUGUAAAUGACGAAACUUUAAAUUGUGAAAUUUGUGGUAAAAAUUUUUCAACCAUUCAAAUGUUCAACCAACAUAAAGAAGAGCAUUUGGCGAAAACUGAUAUUCAGUGCACAAUUUGUAAGAAAAAGUUUAGUGCUAUUAAUAAUCUCAAAAUUCACAUGGGAGUUCAUUCUUCAUCUAGACCAUAUUUAUGCUAUAUUUGUGGAAAAACAUUCAGUCAACUCAGCAACCACGACAUACAUAUGAGGAUGCACUCUGGUGAAAGGCCUUUUGUAUGUAAUAUAUGUGGAAAAUCUUUUAGUCAGAGUGGUCAUCAUAAAACUCACAUGAGAACACAUAAUGGUCUCAAGCCAUUUCGGUGUACUUGUUCAAAGUCUUUCAGUGAUUAUGGAAAUUAUAUUAAGCAUGCGAGAUUGCAUUCGGGGAAACUGCCAUUUAAUUGUACAGUAUGUGAUAAAGGUUUUACUCGCAAAAAAAAAUUAGAAAUACAUAUGCUGAUGCAUAUGGAUGUAUUAUGA